CGGCGGGUGGGGAGGUGGGGAGCGGUGGUAGUGGCGCAGCCCGGAGCGAUCGCGGCGUCCUGCGAUGGUGCCCGGGCGGCGCCGCGGCCGAGCGGCAGCACCGGCGGCACCGACAGCAGCGCAGACCUUAAUUUAUUUUGGAUUAAGAUUCCCAUGGCAUGUGAAUUAGAAGAUAAUUUGAAGUAGAAGGUAUUUUUAUCUUGAAGCGACAGUCUUUAUCGAAAUGGUUGGAAAACUCAAACAGAACUUGCUGUUGGCAUGUCUGGUGAUCAGCUCGGUGACUGUGUUCUAUUUGGGCCAGCAUGCAAUGGAGUGUCACCAUCGAAUAGAAGAGCGCAGCCAGCCCGCAAGGAUGGAAAGUGUGAGAAGCACAGUAAGGACUGCUUCUGAUGUAAAUGCAAACAAAACCUUUGCAUACAACAAAGACAUGCCUUUAAUAUUUAUUGGAGGAGUACCUCGGAGUGGCACUACCUUAAUGCGUGCCAUGCUUGAUGCCCAUCCUGAUAUUCGAUGUGGAGAAGAGACAAGGGUAAUCCCACGAAUUCUGGCAGUUAAGCAAAUGUGGGCUAGAUCAAGCAAGGAGAAGAUCCGACUGGAUGAAGCUGGAGUCACAGAUGAGGUUCUGGAUUCAGCCAUGCAAGCAUUUUUAUUGGAAAUCAUUGUGAAACAUGGGGAGCCGGCUCCAUAUUUGUGUAACAAAGAUCCUUUUGCUUUAAAAUCCUUAACUUAUCUUGCUAGAAUUUUCCCCAAUGCCAAAUUUCUUCUCAUGGUACGAGAUGGUCGUGCAUCUGUGCAUUCUAUGAUAUCUAGAAAAGUCACAAUAGCUGGAUUUGACCUGAACAGCUAUAGGGACUGCUUAACCAAGUGGAAUCGCGCUAUAGAAACUAUGUAUAACCAGUGUAUGGAGGUUGGUUUUGAAAGGUGUAUGCUGGUACAUUAUGAACAGCUCGUAUUGCAUCCUGAAAGAUGGAUGAGAACUCUCUUAAAGUUUCUUCGCAUCCCAUGGAACCAAGCUGUGCUGCACCAUGAAGAAAUGAUUGGAAAAGCAGGGGGUGUUUCUCUUUCAAAGGUUGAAAGAUCUACUGACCAAGUAAUCAAGCCAGUCAAUGUGGAAGCACUGUCAAAGUGGGUUGGGAAGAUCCCUGCUGAUGUUCUGCAAGAUAUGCCCGUGAUUGCACCCAUGCUAGCGAAACUGGGCUAUGAUCCGUAUGCCAAUCCACCAAAUUACGGAAAGCCCGAUCAAAAAGUUGUGGAAAACACAAGGAGGGUCUAUAAAGGUGAAUUUCAGCUUCCUGACUUUCUUAAAGAAGUGCCACAGCUAAAGAAGACAGUAGAAAGGAAGUCUCGUGGCAAGAUAAAAUGAACAUGGAUCAGUAAAGUUGAAUAGCUGAAAUGUCUGUUUCAUGUUUUCAGAACAUAACUUUUUGCUCUGGGCACCCAGUAUUUCUGAUCAAUGUCUGUGUGAUUUGGGCUUUGCUCUCUACUGAAUGUCUGCUGCUCUCGCCCUUUGAACAGUUAGCGCUCAUGCUUUGCGAGUUUUGCUCAGCUAAUAGAAAACCAUCCAGAACUGGCACCGCGCAGCUCCAUGUGCUGUUGCUCACAGCAUUGUUCACUCUCAACUGCUGGCCAAAAUGUCUAUGCAGCUUAGCGGCAAGACAACUAUUUACGUGCGUGCUGCUUAAAAGUCAUUGUCAGCAAACAGUGUUGAGAAAGCUGCUGUAGUUAUUUCUGAUGCUUUCAAAUGUAAUUAUUGUGGUUAUUUCAAGGUUAUUUGCAACCUUACAGAUGAAGUUGCAGCACAUACGGCUGCAAGCAAGGGUGUGUCAGAACAGGAGGAGGUUAAACAUUGCUGAUAAGGAUUUCUGGAAAUGCAGGGAGACAAACUAUCUUUAAAACAUAGCGCACUGGGCAUAGAUAGCAUGGUAGCAAAGUAAAUGAUCCAUGGUCUGCCUGUAGUGUCUGUUAGUUCAGUUAUACUGGUUGUCUUUUCCAGUUAUCUUGCGAGACAUCACAAGGAUGUGGCCCACUAUUUCUAUUCAAUAUCCUCUUUCAGCCCAUAUGAUAGGGAGGUUCCAAAACAGGACUCUGCUAAAGUUCACAAGGUAGAUUUAUACAGAUAGCCCGGUAUGAUAACGUUUUUUACCAAACCCUGAGCAGAUUUAUCUAAAGAAAGAUCAUCUAAGAAGCAAAAGCAAGCUUUGUGAAAUAGAGAAUAUGGCUUAAACCGUAAAAAACUGAUGCUGGAGUUCAAAUUGAUGCUGAUUAGCGUUCUCCUUUAGCAUUACGCUGAAGGUAAAAUUAAUGUAACUAAACAGGUUGAUGGUUUUGAGCACAAAUAUUGGUGGUGAUAAUGAUAUUUUUUUCCUCUAAUAUAAAAUAGCUUACUUAUUUUUAAUUAUUUACU